GGAAGCAACGACAGAGCAUCAAGAUCGCCGCGUUCGGAUGAUCAGCGCGAGAUCAGCGAUAUGCCGACCACCAAGAGAUCGCGCUCCGACUCCGUAAUUGCAGACUUCAUAAACGCACGAUGAACUCUAACUCAGACUGUGAGGUGUGAGGUGAGGUGAGAGUCAAACAAAUCGAUUUGAGAGUCAGUCUAUCGCCAAAAGUUGAAAAGGCGCGAUCCCCAGUCGAUAAACCAAACCAAAACAUAUAUGCUAAUUAACGAAAGCGAAAGCGCAAUGAAAUGCGUAUGCGUAAUGCGUAUUGUUGUUAAUCUAGGGCAUCAGUGAGUCCUGAAACGAACCGAAACGAGCCAACGAAUCGCCAGAACUAAUCCAAAAUGCAUAUAUAACUAUUAUCUCUCUCUUUCUCUUUCUUCUAUAUCUCUCUUUUUUAGUUAUCGUAAGCGUUUUUCUCCUUUUAUGUUUGUUCCGCCUAAAACUAAGUUUUAUCGAGAUCGAAAUCGAGGUUCGCGGGUAUUCGAGAUCGAGAGAGAGAUGACCAAUUAGAUAACUCCACUACUACUCUACUACCAAUCUACUACUACUACCAAUCAGCCACAAAACAGCCCAACCAGAACAUCGACAUUAAUCCGCUUCUAACCACCUCGCCACCACGUCGUCGUGUGCCGCCAGCCGGGGACUGAUCUGGGUCCUGAUCCUGUUUGUGAUUCUGAUUCUGGCUCCGGUCCUGUCCUGGUUGCAUUUACAUUAAGUACCAAUGAUUUUGUGUUUUGUCUUAGCUAGUUCAGAUCAACAGUCCGUCCAGUCAAAAUCGUGUUUUAAAAUGGGGUACAAAGCACUCACAUAAUCCGUUCUUAAUCGACCGAUCUUCCCGAUCAUCAUCCGCAUCUAGUAAUCAUUACAUUUCGACCAACGGGUCGAGCUCUCUGCGAGCUCUGUCUUCGUAAAAAAAAGCAUUAAAUGAGGGUAGAUAACAGCUAUAGGUAGGGCAGUGGAGAACCUAACCAACUUAAACAUAUUGUUGCUCUUAUUAUCGUUUCAGCGUCUUGUUUUCUUUUUUUUAUUUUUCUCUUUUUAUCACUGAGCAAUGUAAAAUGUGUGUGACCCUUCUUCAAGUCAGUUACCACGCCCCCAACUCAUGGAAAUCGAAUACGAAUACGAAAACCGCACCUAAGGUUGCUUAUAAUUUCUAAUUUUUAUAAACUACUCGACAGAGCUGAGCACACACGAGGAGUUCGGCAAAUCCCCGAGGCCCAAGUCACCCUUUUUUACUGGAGGGGAUUCACCGGAUAUCCUUCAGUGUGCCUAGUUCGCCUUGUCGCUCACAAUCGGAUGUGUGUCGGCGGAGGAUUUUUGAUUUGAUACGCAUUACACAUUAUUUGACACAUUACCUCAUAUUUAUAUAUAUAAUAUCUACAGUUGCAUCACAUACACUACGUAUAUCCAAUCUAUUGCCUAUCCAUAAGCGAAUAUGUUUUAUUUGACGGGAGCCUUUCUUUUUUAUUCUUGCAUUUUCCAGCCUUUACAAAUAAAUGACAAAAACUCAAGCCCCUCUGCAUAAACGAUAGACUCAUAGACUCUCAUCCCACGCAAAACAAACGAUAAGCGAAAGCAUUAACCUUAAGUAUCCAAUAAUAAAUAAUCGUGACAAUAAUACCGUUUGCCCAUCGAUUCACCAUCGUUAGAUACGGGCUCCAAAACUCAACCGAUCAGCUCGAGGAGCCACCGGCGGCAGCCUCUAUAUGAUUAACAAUUUGUUUUCUUAUUUUUUCUUUUUUGUCUUCAUCUUUCUUGCAGGCAGCAGGCAGUUUUUGUCUUUAUUUAAGCGGUUUCAAACGCAAUCUCUUGACCAAUUUGUCAGUCCUACUUUUGCCUUCGGAAAAGAGAAAAAAAAAAUGAAAGAAAAUCAAUCGAACAAGUCAAAUGAAAAGUCGAAUCGAAUCCCAAACAAAUUGCAUAGCUGAUGAUCAACUGAACUGAAUUCCCUCCCCGUUAUGAGAUGCACUAAUCCCUCUUCCCAAUUCUAGGCAAGUCCACGGAUUCGAAAAUUCCCUACCUUUCGCAGCCUCUGUAUGACCUCAAGCAGACGGGCGAUGUCAAGUUCGGUCCGGGCACCCGUUCAGCGCUCCUCGGUCUUCUGGGUGGAGCCCUGCCCAAGCUCUCUUCUGAGCAGCACGACCUGGUCAGCAAGGCAAAGAAGUACGCCAUGGAGCAAAGCAUCAAGAUGGUGCUUAUGAAGCAGACCCUUGCCCAUCAGCAGCAGCAAUUAGCCACUCAGCGGACUCAGGUUCAGAGACAACAGGCACUGGCUCUAAUGUGCAGAGUCUAUGUGGGCAGCAUUUCGUUUGAGCUCAAAGAGGACACGAUUCGCGUUGCCUUCACUCCUUUUGGUCCCAUCAAAUCAAUCAACAUGUCCUGGGAUCCCAUCACACAAAAGCACAAGGGAUUCGCUUUUGUGGAAUACGAGAUUCCCGAAGGCGCCCAGUUAGCGCUGGAGCAGAUGAAUGGUGCCUUGAUGGGAGGCAGGAACAUUAAGGUAGGACGACCUAGUAACAUGCCGCAGGCCCAACAGGUGAUAGACGAGGUACAGGAGGAGGCUAAGAGCUUCAACCGCAUCUACGUAGCCUCUAUUCAUCCCGAUCUGUCCGAGGAAGACAUCAAGAGCGUCUUCGAGGCAUUCGGUCCUAUCCUCUACUGCAAGCUGGCCCAGGGAACUUCUCUACACACGCACAAGGGCUACGGCUUCAUCGAGUACGCUAACAAACAAGCUAUGGAUGAGGCCAUCGCCAGUAUGAAUCUCUUCGAUCUGGGCGGACAACUGCUGAGGGUGGGUCGAUCUAUUACGCCUCCAAACGCCCUGGCCUGUCCUACAACAAACUCAACGAUGCCCACUGCCGCAGCAGUAGCUGCAGCGGCGGCAACUGCCAAAAUCCAGGCCCUGGAUGCGGUGGCAAGCAAUGCCGUGCUGGGCUUAUCGCAAAACACACCCGUUAUGGCAGCCGGAGCAGUAGUGACCAAGGUUGGAGCAAUGCCAGUGGUUUCAGCAGCCACAUCGGCGGCCGCUCUGCAUCCUGCUUUGGCACAAGCAGCACCUGCUCUUCUUCCCCGGGAAUAUUCCAGGCCCCCCUCUCCUGUGGCUCCCAGUUUGCUUGGAGUUCCUGCUGGCCUACAGCCACUUCAAGCGGUGGUGCCUACUCUUCCACCGCCUGCCCUUUUGGCCACGCCUACUCUGCCCAUGACUGUCGGCGGUGUUGGUGUUGGCAUAGUGCCUACAGUGGCCACCGUGUCAGGAGUGGAAGCUAGUAAUGGAACUGCAGCUGCAGCCGCACUUUCUGCUGCUGCGAAUAAUGCUGCUGUCACGGCAGCAAGUCUUUCGGAGAACAUCAAGAAGGCGCAUGAGAAGCAGCAGGAGGAGCUACAGAAGAAACUGAUGGAUGAAGGCGAUGUGCAGACGCUUCAACAGCAGGAGAAUAUGUCCAUCAAGGGUCAAAGCGCUCGACAGUUGGUAAUGCAACGGUUGAUGCGACCAGUGGAUUCACGAGUAAUCAUUCUGCGAAAUAUGGUCGGUCCUGAGGAUGUAGACGAGACCCUACAGGAGGAGAUUCAAGAAGAGUGCAGUAAAUUCGGAACCGUUAGCCGGGUGAUCAUCUUCAACGAGAAGCAGACGGAAAACGAGGACGAUGACGAGGCGGAGAUUAUCGUAAAAAUCUUUGUAGAGUUUUCGGCAGGAGCGGAGGCAAUGCGAGGAAAAGAAGCCCUCGACGGCAGAUUUUUCGGUGGCCGAAGAGUGGUCGCUGAACUUUACGAUCAGGGUAUUUUUGAUCAGGGAGAUCUGUCCGGUUAGACGGGAGAUGAAGUUUGCCGAAUUCGUUUGUCAUUUUUUUACGUAGCACCUAAAACAAAAAUGAUGCAAGUUUAUUUAUUACGCUAGUCCGAAAACAAAUGACCAUUGUUUAGCGGCACGGCAGCCAGAUUACAAUUAUGAUUAUGAUGAGAUGAUUCUGCAACGCAGUGAUUUAGAUUUAAAGAAAGAUCCCCUUAGGGAGGAGCGAUUUUCGGUGUUUUUGUAUUAUUGCUUUCUCUUGGAACGCAGAAAACCACAAAUGAAACCCAAGCACACAACGGCCGACUAACAAAUUGUACAUUUACAUUGAAUUAUUUCAGCGCUUAACUUACGAAAUAAAUAAUAGUUUCCCAAUAGAA